AUGAGUUUCGGAGCCCCCGGAGGUGGUUCGGUCAAUUACAAGCCUACCCCGCCUGAGCGCGGUAGCUUUCCUCUUGAUCACGAAGUCCCCUACACGUCGUCCCACCACGCCGAAGACGGACCAUGGCUAAUAUACCACUCGAUUGAUAUAGGAGAAUGCAAGCAUAUCAUUUCCGGAUACUUGAAAUGCAUCAAAUCAAACCGGGGCACCAAUGACGAAGCAUGCCGGAAGCUGGCUAAGCAAUACCUCACCUGCCGGAUGGACAAGAAUUUGAUGGCGCCGGACAAUUUUGAGAAUCUCGGGCUGAUCUUCAAGGAAGAUCAAAAGAAGAGCAGCGCCCCAGAAACGCAAUCAGCACAAGGGACGGAGAAUAAAAAUUGA